AUGCGUAUACCACAACUAUGGACCGGUAGAUGUCUUGUACGGAGCCGGGGCUUUGCCACCGCUACACCCUCGCCUCGCACUCCCCAGACAGUCAUCGAGAAGGUCGUCCAACGGUAUGCUGUCGACCUCCCUGCAGGCAAGGCGGUCAAGGCCGGAGACUACGUGAUGAUUCGCCCGGAGCACGUCAUGACACAUGACAAUACUGGCCCAGUCAUUUCCAAGUUCAAGUCGAUUGGUGCUACCAAGAUCUAUAACCCGAAGCAAAUCGUCUUUACCCUCGACCACGACGUUCAGAACCGCUCGGCGAAGAACCUGUCGAAGUACGCCUCCAUCGAGGCGUUCGCGAGACAACACGGCGUCGACUUCUACCCCGCAGGGCGCGGAAUAGGCCACCAGGUCCUCGUUGAAGAGGGCUACGCGUUUCCACACACCCUCACCGUCGCGAGCGACAGCCACAGCAACAUGUAUGGCGGCGUCGGCGGCGUUGGGACUCCCAUCGUGCGUACCGACGCCGCGGCGCUGUGGGCGACUGGCAAGACGUGGUGGCAAGUUCCUCGGAUGAUCAAGGUCGAACUGAAGGGCAAACUCACUCCUGGAGUUACCGGCAAGGACGUCGUCAUCGCGCUGUGCGGGUACUUCAACUCGGACGAGGUCCUCAACGGGGCCAUCGAGUUCACCGGCGACGGCGUCUCCGCGCUGACGGUCGACGAACGGUUGACCAUCGCCAACAUGACCACCGAGUGGGGCGCCCUUGCCGGAGUUUUCCCCGUGGACGACGUCACGUUCGACUGGUACGAGAAAUCGUUGAAGCGUCUCGAAUUCCGCACCUUCUCGACUCCGGAACUCGCGUCUUCGAUACCCCCACCUCCAGAGCACCCGCGGAUCAACCGCAGGCGACUCGAUGCUCUCCGUGCCGCGAACUUGCGCUCGGAUCCAGACGCGACGUACGCAUCCCACCUCGUCCUCGAUCUCUCGACUCUCGUCCCCCACGUCUCCGGCCCAAACAGCGUCAAGGUCUCCACCCCGCUUCCUGUUCUUGAGUCCAAGCACAUACCGAUCAACAAAGCGUACCUCCUGAGCUGCACCAACGCGCGGGCGUCCGACAUCGCCGCCGCAGCGGAGGUGCUUAAGGGCGAGAAGGUUGCCCCCGGAGUCGAGUUCUACGUCGCGGCCGCAUCGUCGGAGGUUCAGCUCGACGCCGAGAAGCGGGGAGACUGGACGACCCUCGUUCUCGCGGGCGCGAAGCCCCUUCCCGCCGGCUGCGGUCCUUGCAUCGGACUCGGUGUCGGGCUCCUCGAAGACGGCGAGGUCGGCAUCAGCGCGACGAACCGGAACUACAAGGGGAGAAUGGGCCAUCCGAACGCGCAGGCGUACCUCGCGUCCCCCGCGGUCGUGGCUGCAAGCGCCAUCAAGGGCUACAUCGCUGGUCCCGACGCGCUCAACCUCGCUGCGCUCCCGCCUGCCGGUGCUCCGAAGUUCUCCUUGGUGAGCACCGCUGCCGCCGCCCCCGCGCCGACCCAGGCCCCACAAGUCGAGGAGCCGGUGCUGCAAGGCUUCCCCGCGACGUUCGCGGGCCCGCUGCUCUUCGCGCCGCAGGACAACCUCAACACGGACGCGCUCUACCCGGGCAAGUACACCUACCAGGACGACAUCACGCUCGCGCGCCAGGCCGAGGUCGUGAUGGAGAACUACGACCCCGCGUUCGCCGCGCUCGUCGCCGCCAUCCGCGCGUCGCAGCCGCCCUCCGCGGACCCCAGCCUGAAGCGCGGCGUCGUGCUCGUCUCCGGGUACAACUUCGGCACGGGCUCGUCGCGCGAGCAGGCGGCGACGGCGCUCAAGGCGGCGGGCGUCCCGCUCGUCAUCGCGGGCUCGUUCGGGGACAUCUUCAAGCGGAACGCGAUCAACAACGGGCUCGUGUGCGUCGAGUGCCCCGCGCUCGUCGCGGACCUCACCGAGCGGCACGCGAAGGACGGGAAGCGCGGCGCUGGCGGAGUGGUCGGGGAGCUCACGGUCAACAAGGGGCACGAGAUCAGCGUGCGCGUCGUCGAGGGUGCUGUGGAGGUGCGGUGGCCGGAGGGAGAGACGAAGACGUACGCGGUCGGUCGCGUCGGCGCGAGCGUGCAGGAGCUGUGGCUCUGCGGUGGGCUCGAGGGGUACGUGCUCAAGCAGCUCGAGAGCGGCGCUGCGUAG